ACCAGAAUGCCCGUAUUAGCUGUUCUCUCACCAGUUUAUGCGUCUGUCGUUCUCCAGACGAGUGAUCUCAUUUGUAUAUCGAGAAAGCAUGUCAAAAAAGGUUGAUUUGAAGUCGUCAAAAGCGUCCACGGUUUCAAAGAAAACUAAGACACCCGAAAGGCGUAGACACGCGGAGCAAUACGCGACUGGGUCUGGAAAACAAACAGGAAGUACACCUGACUCGGCUAGCGCGCGUUACCAAACGCACGGUGUUGAGGAAGGAAGGGCCGGAGGCGUGAUCGGCGACUCGGUGAGUUGCAGAGCGUUCGAUAUCCCGCCGUCUGUCGUGUUGAGGAGAGCACAGUUGAAAGAGGUUGGAGUAAAAGUUGGAGGUGAUGUGAUGAUGUCUGUUGGCGGCUCAAAGGAGGAAAGUCGGAGUGAGUUAGAAAACAUGGCAGACGAAGUUGAUUCCAUUGAUCUCGACUCUUCUACACACACAGUGCAGCCUGUCCCACUUGUUCCCAUGUCAUUACCAUCCACACAAUUUCGGUCAAUAGAACCAUCUCCCAGCUCUAUCGUCAGCUCUUCUCCUCAGACACAGCAAGAUACUUCAAUCAGGCACCAAAGGAAAAGGAAGGCAGCGAAACAAAGAGAAAGGCAAAGAAAACAGAAAGUGACAGAAGAGGAGAAACUGAAAAGUGAAGGAAGGGGAAACAUUGAAAGUGGGGCAGAAGCAACUGUUGCUAUGGAAUUGGAAGUAGAUGUUGUAGUGAAGGCAGGAGAUGUCGCUGAAGAGGUGGCAAUUGAAAACAUCGACAAGGUUGUGGAGAAAGUGGAAAGUGGAGGAGAUAUGCCGUCAUUCCUAGCUGCUAUUUCAUUGGAAACGGAGGAAAGAGGUGACGUGAUGUGUGGACCACCUGCCUGA